CGCCUGGUCACGUGAUGACGUCUGAAGGUUGGCGCUGUGUGCGGAGAGGCGCCGCAGAGCGGAGGAGACGCUGUCCUUCCUAGGAGAGAGGUUGAAGAUGGGACACAUGACGGUGCCGUGUUUUUUGCCUGGAUGAGGCCAAAAGGCUUACGGUACUGCACUGAAAUAAAAGAAAAGAAUAUUUGCUCUUUGCCUUCUUGGAUUUGUUUCUUUUUUUUUUUAACAAAUCAGAUAUAAAUAUAAUCAAUAGCGAUGGCGUUUCAGAGAGCAGAGGGAAUGUCCAUCAUUCAGGCCCUUGCCAUGACGGUAGCAGAGAUACCAGUGUUUUUGUACACAACCUUUGGACAGUCCACAUUCUCGCAACUCAGGCUGUCUCCUGGCCUCCGGAAAGUCCUUUUUGCCACGGCUCUUGGCACAGUUGCCCUAGCCCUGGCUGCCCACCAGCUGAAACGGCGCAAGCACAAGAAGAAGCAGAUUACGGCAGACAAUGGAGGCCUGAAGCUUGGUGGGGUGCCUGGGUCUGUCUUGCCCGUCCGGCGUUCUUCCUCUGCUAAAAAAGGAUACUCUCGUAGCAGAGUGCAGAGCCCCAGCAGUAAGAGCAAUGAUACACUAAGUGGCAUCUCUUCCCUGGAUCCCAGCAAGCAUUCCAGCUCCUCCCACAGCCUGGCUUCGGUAGUGGCAGUAAAUUCUUCAAGCAUAAAUGCUGCACCCGCAGGACCAUGGGAGUCCCCAGAAAUGGAUGAGACAUUAGAAGAGGGAGAUUCUAAUGCUGAAAAUCUUUAUAUUCAAGGCAUGGAGCUCUUUGAAGAAGCUUUGCAUAAGUGGGAGCAAGCACUGAAUGUUGGGCAAAGAUGCAGAUCCAAUACACCAGCAUCACAAGUUAAUGACCUGCUAAACCAGAGUUGCUCUGAAGGCCUGAGUGAGGACUCACAGAGCGGACAUUUUGCAGGCAAGCUAGAAGCCCUCCUUUAUCGUGCCUACAAUUUGCAGGAAGAAUUUGGGACAAGCAUUCCACCUGAUGAUUUGCUGAUGGAUCUGGAAGGAUCUUUGAUUUUCCCCCUUGUUGAGAGUAGAAGGGCCCUGAUGAUGGAUGAUGAAGGCAGUUCAACCUCUGAAGACUCCUUUUUCUCUGCAGCAGAGCUCUUUGAAACGUUGCAGUUAAACGAGGUCCCAUUUCUGCCAACUAAGCCGGCAGCAGCUUAUGAAGAAGCACUGAAGCUAGUCCACACCGGAGAAGUUGCCUGCAGGACACUCAGAACAGAAUUAUUGGGUUGCUAUAACGAUCAAGAUUUCCUGGCAAAGCUGCAUUGUGUUCGGCAGGCAUUUGAGGUCCUGCUUCUCGAUGAUGGAAACCAGCAGUUUUUUGGUGAAGUUGGCAAGCAGAUGAUUACUGGGCUGAUGCAGAAAGCUGAAAAGAAUCCUAAAGGCUUCCUCGAAAACUAUGAGGAAAUGCUGCGAUAUGCUCUGAAGCAAGACACGUGGGCUACAACGCAAAGGGAAUUAAAAGGACGUGGGGUAGUCUGUAUGAAUUUCUUUGACAUUGCACUGGAUUUCAUUCUUAUGGAUGCCUUUGAGGACCUAGAAAGCCCACCUUCGUCUGUCAUUGCCGUUCUACGCAAUCGGUGGCUUUCAGACAGCUUUAAAGAGACUGCACUGGCUACUGCUUGCUGGUCUGUCUUAAAAGCAAAAAGGAGGCUUUUAAUGGUUCCCGAUGGAUUCAUAUCACAUUUUUACUCCGUAUCGGAGCAUGUCAGCCCUGUUUUGGCAUAUGGAUUCCUGGGGCCCAAAGAGCAUUUGACAGAAGUUUGUAAUUUCUUUAAGAACCAGAUUGUGCAGUAUUUGAAGGACAUGUUUGACCUGGAUAAUGUGAGGUACAGCACAAUCCAGUCGCUGGCAGAAGAUAUCCUUCACCUUUCCCGCAGGAGGAGUGACAUACUGCUGGGGUAUUUGGGCGUAGAGACUGUGCGGGAAAUGAAUGGGGCUGUACCUGUUCAAACUACAGAGGCAGAACUGGACUUGUAACGCUAAAAUUCUAUCCCCCCCUUCAUUUAAAAAAAAAAAAA